AAGAUGAAUUCGAAUUCGAUUUUGAGUGGCGAUUUUAGCGAGCAACAAUGGGUGGAUCGAAUUAGCGAGAAGUUUGACGAUGAGGGUGGCGACAACAUCAGCGACAUUCCAGUUUGUGUGUUCAAUGUCCCGAAAGCAACUAGCCGAUUCAAGCCUGAGGCUUAUGUUCCUCUGGCUGUAGCACUGGGACCUUACCACCACUUUGAGACUCAUCUCUACCAAAUGGAGAGGUUCAAAGUGGCUGCUGUUAAAGCAAUCUUGAGCUCGGAUCAAGUGUUGUCAUUCGAAUCCUUGGUGAUCAAUAGGCUCAUAGAGAAAGAAUCUGUGAUUCGUGCUUGUUACCACAAGUAUAUAAACCUUUACGACGAUACAUUAGCUUGGAUUUUCGCAAUUGAUGGCUUGUUCUUGAUUGGUCUUUUCACACACUAUGCUGACAUUUCAAACUUGAUGCCUAAAAAGUUGAUAAACAAUGGUGUUCUUUAUAGAGAUGUAAUGGUGCUAGAGAACCAGAUUCCGUUGUAUUUAUUGAAGGAAAUAUGGAAGGCCCUUAGUCUCUCAACAUAUUUUCAGGAUCAAAAUGGCGAUCGCGAGUUAAUCUCCAUGAUGAGAAAAUUUUGUGAGGUACAUUCUCCUCUCAAAUUAGCUAAAGAUUUCAAUUACGACGUUAAGGCGGGUUGUUUGCAUUUGCUUGAUCUUAUGUACCAUUCGAUUGUCGACAAUCAAGAUAUCCCACAAGCUCCUAGAGUAGAAAUCCUACGGAAAGACAAUGAUUAUGACGUAGAAAAGAUUGCGAAAGAAGACAACCUAACAGAAAACUUAGAAGAGAUCAUGGAAAUGGGAUUACGCCUUGGAAUGAGAGAAAAAGCCGAUCUACCGAUUAAGGUCAUAAAGAACAUCCCAUGGGAGAAAGUAUCAAAUUUGCUUGGUUUAAAACUAAGAAAACAAGACAAAGAAGAAGACGAUGAUCUAGCCGUUGUCACAGAAUUUGAAAUCCCCUCGGUUUCAUCUCUUAUAAAAUAUGCUCAAAUCAAUUUCAGCUACACUAACGGAGGGGUUAGGGACAUUAAGUUUGAUGAAAACAAAGCUACACUAUAUCUUCCAAUAAUCACUCUUGGUGAUUACUCUGAAGUCAUGUUGAGAAAUCUGCUGGCUUAUGAAGUGGCUACUUCUAGUUCAACAGCGGAACUUGCCCAAUAUGUCUACUUGAUGAGUGGCAUUGUUGACACGGAGGCAGAUGUCAAGUUACUCAGAGAUAAAGGCGUCAUUAAAGGAAACAUGAACGACAAAGACAUCGCUAAUCUCUUCCAUGGGAUGAAUAAGAGUAACCUUAACAUGAGUAGCAACAAGACAAUUGACCACCUCAACGAGUAUUACAACAAUAGACCAAUGAUCAAGACUUGGAGAUUUGUCAAGAAAGACCUGCUUUGCUCGAAGAAAGUUGCAACUGUUGUUUUGGCAAUUUUUGCAAGCUUGCUCAUGAUCCUAUACUCAUUCUGUGAAGUCUAUGGAUGUUCGAGACUCUUCGGAAGGCAGUAAGCUAAGGUGUAAGAACCACAUGUCAUAGUUAAUUCCUAAAUGUGCAUAUUGUGUAAUUAAGUCUGUAAUAUAUAUUUCUUCUAGUGCAAGAAGAAUUUGAUGU